AUGCAUCGAGCCGCCGCUCGAGCGUUUCGGACGACUUCGAUUUACGUCAGCGCAGUCCGCAACCUCUCCCGCAUCUCGUUGCGAAGCUCACGACGCGCCUUCUUGUCACCCUCGAACCACUCGUCCCAGACGUCGCACCCCCAUGUGCAGCUGAGGUCCUCCAUGUACUUCCGCCGGCUUCCCGUCGCCCUCGUCUCCAGCCUCGUCGUCGGAUACGGCGCCUGGUACUCCUACAACUCGUCAUCGAGCAACCCCGGUGCCUCGUUUGGUUCACAGAGCUUCACGUCGUCUCAGGGAGCUGUCACGGGCACGGGGGCCCCUGCGCCGACCCGCACCGUCCUGGUCGUCGGCGCGGACGAGAUUAGACAAGGGACCAUCGUUGGCGAGGGACCGAUCCUAAAGCAGUCAGGCGAUGACGGCCAACGCAUUGUCGAGAUGCUAACACCCGAACAAGCCACCCAAAAGAUGCGACGCUUGGAACAGUCGUACCAUGUGAACCGUGGCCCAGGCGUUACGCGAUACGACCUCGUUCAGCUUUCGAGCAACGACCCGAUCGAGGACGACCACGCCGAGAAGAUUGUCGAGGUCCCUGGUCGGAUCGACGGAGCUGAUGGAAACGUCGACUGGAUGUUCUGGGGCGUCUUCGAUGGCCACUCCGGCUGGACCACAUCGGCGACUCUGCGCGAGAGCCUCAUAAGCUACGUUGCACGAGAACUGAACGACACCUACAAGUCGGCGAAGAGCAACACGCCAACGGCCGAAGCCAUUGACCUGGCGAUCAAGACUGGCUUUAACCGCUUGGAUGACGAGAUAGUGCACAAGAGCGUCGAGAAGGUUUUCAAGGCGAGUUCCAAGGCCGUGGCCGCAGAACUGCUGCAACCAGCUCUUUCCGGUUCCUGCGCCCUGCUUUCAUUCUACGACAGCAGAAGCAAGCUGCUCCGCGUCGCAUGUACAGGCGACUCCCGCGCCGUAUUGGGCCGUCGCGCAUCCUCUGGCAAGUGGACGGCGACGGCGCUGUCGGAGGACCAGACUGGUGGGAACCCCCAGGAGGCUGCUCGACUCCGCAAGGAGCACCCUGGAGAGGAGCACGUGGUCCGCAACGGCCGCAUACUCGGAGGGUUGGAACCGUCCCGUGCUUUCGGUGAUGCCGUCUACAAGUGGAGUCGGGAUGUUGCUGGAAAGCUGCGCUCCAACUUCUUCGGUCGUAGCCCGUCUCCUCUGCUCAAGACUCCACCGUACGUCACCGCCGAGCCCAUUAUCACGACGACCAAGAUGGAGCCGGAGAAGGGUGACUUUGUCGUGUUGGCCACCGACGGCCUAUGGGAGAUGCUGACGAACGACGAGGUUGUCGGUCUCGUCGGCCAGUGGAUCGAAACGCAGACGGCCGGCUCGCAUUUGGAGAACGCGUGGUCCAAGAUAUUCGGCUCCACCAGCAAACCUCUGCCUGUCGAGCAGAGCAAGGGUACCGCGGAGGACGGGCAGAGGACGCCGAUCCGUGUCCAGCAGUGGGGGAUCAACCCAGACGCCAAGGAUCGCUUCGCCUUCAAGGACAAGAACGUAGCAACGCAUCUGGUGCGCAACGCGCUCGGCGGCACGAACGACGAGCAAGUGUGCGCUCUUCUAACCCUGCCGGCUCCCUUCUCAAGACGAUACCGGGAUGAUUUGACUGUCCAAGUCAUCUUCUUCGGAAACGGCGACAAGACGGGCGAGGUGACGGUCAACCUGGAUGCCACUGCGGAGCAGGACGCGCCCAAGGCGAAGCUUUAA